AUGGCUUCGUUCCUUGGUAUGAACCUUUUCGACUUCAAAGGCGAAGACGGCUCCUUGCAGGCGAGCCCUCAAUUCUGGAUCUUCGUGAUAACGACAGUGCCGUUGACGAUGCUCACCGUCGGCGCAUGGUAUCUGUACAAGACCAGACACAACAAAAUAAGGAAAGCUAAAUCAAUCGCCGAGGCCGUGUGA